AUGCAACAACAACAAGAGCACCACAACCACAACCAGAUGAAAUAUCAACUAAUCGAACCUGAUAAUAAUAACAACAACAAUAACAACACAACUGCAAGCACUUCAUCAUCCACCUCACACUCGUCUAGCAAUACUACCUCUACCUCUACCUCUUCUACCUCUACCACCACCCCCUCACCAAACGCGUCUACCAAUAACAACAAUCAAUACCACUUGGUAAUCAGGGACACGCAGCCCAGCAUCCAGAGACUAUCAAACAAUAGUUGUAGCAGUAGUAAUAGCAAUAGUCCAGGCCAAACUCAUCAUUCAUCAUUCAAUUGUCUAAACUCACCAUCGACUACAAGUACACAACAACUUAACAACACUUCAUCAUCACCUUCAUCAGCCAACGCAACACCACUUGUAGAAUCUGUCACUACUUCAUCAUCAUCACCAUCUACUUCGUCAACAUCAUCAUUUCUAAAUCUACUACAACAACAACAACAACAGCAACAGCAACAGAUCAAUAGACAACCUGGCGCUGUCAAUAGUCUGUUGUCAAGUCCGACACAACAACCACAUCAACAUCAACAACAUCAACAACAACAGCACGUAGUAGACACCUUUUUCCAAGUACCGCAACAACCCCAAUCCUUUGUCCUACCACAACAACAUCAACAACAACAACAGUUCCACCCACACUUCUUCUCAAUACCCAAGUCGACCACGCCACAUUUCCGCGCGUCUCCCUUGGCACCUCCACCUCUACUUCCACAUCAUCUUCAUCAACAUCAACUACAUCAACUUCACCGCAACAACAACAACAACAACAACAACAUGACAACUACAAUGAAUGAUAAUACAGGCGGCUCAACUUCAUCGUCAAACACAGUUGGAGGCCAAUCAAAUAAUAAUCCCAUAAACUCAAGCUCUGGCGCACCAUUCAGUCUGACCUCAUCGUACAAUCAACUCAACUCGAUGUUGACGCACUCACAGAACAUGAGCAUUCAACAGAUGGUCAAUAGUGGCGCGGGAGGUCCAUCAGGCAACACAACAGCCACCACGCCAACCACGUACGCGGGCGCCUACGAAGACGCCGCACCCCUCUCCGUCUCUUACGAGAACCUCUUCAACAACAUCUUUAGUGGCGAGGCCAAGCCCUUGAUGAACGACCAGGUCAUCAUGACUCUGGGCAGCUCGGCCAACAACAACAAUAUAUCGAACACGCCAUCAUCUGCUGGCACAUCGUCCAGCAGCAACAACAACAACCAUCACGCUCACCACGCACAUGGCGCCAAUGGCAAUGGUGUGGUGUCGGCCACGCCAUCCAGCGACAUCUCCUCACCGUCGCCACCAUCUGCCUCGCACCACUCUUCAUCGUCGCCACUACAGCAGUACUCACCGCUGCCAUCUCCCUCGCACACAUCCUCCUCUACACACGCACAACACAAUGGCACUGGCAAUGGACAUCACAAUCACAACCACAACAACAACAACAAUAAUCAUUCGAGUAAUAUACAUCAUCAACAACAUCAUUCGAGUCCAAUGUCACCUUCCACUUCGAACUCAUCACCACUAAGCAAUGCUGACUAUCACAAUCAGCAGCAACAACAAGGUGGCAAUGGACACAUGCAACAUGCCUUCCAGCCCAACCCCAACAUUGCCAUCCCAUCCUCCCCCUCGAUGUCCACACGCAAACUAAAGCGCGAGUUUGAACAAAUCCAACCCAAAGACGAAUGGGAGAGCUACUACCCAACCAACAGCAAGCUGUACACACUGUUCGAUUCAAAGAAUGAGUUGACUGGAUCAUUCAACUUCAAGGUUAAGAGGACAGAUAAGAAUAUUCAGUUCUCUGAACUAGACUCGGCUUGGAUAUUGUACCGCCAGAAUCGUUUCCAGGUGGACUGCGACUUGACUGGCUACCUGGAGACUUGGAACAACACCGAUCGUUCCAAUCUCCUCUAUGUAAAUAACGAUGCCAAUGCACUGACCGAGGUGUCCGGACUCUACUUCACUCUCUAUGUAUUAAAGUUUAACUCGCCAACGACCACCAACAUCCCCAACGACCCGAGCGACCGCGUGCCCAUCCACCAACUGGGCAACGCCAGCGGUAAGAAGGACGGCCGUCUGCCCGUCGAAGCCUGCCCCGUGCUCAAGGGCAAGUCCAACUGGACCAAGCUACAGUUUGGCUCGGCCACGGCAAACAACGCCCGCAUCCAUCCAGAGCAGCCCAAUCCAAACCAGCAGUUCUUCCGCAUCGUUGUCACGCUCAACGCCGUGGUCGACGCCCAGCUGCACACAGCCAGCUCCACACAGAUGCCAUUCACCGCCCCACCCUCGCCCACUUCGCAGUUCUACCCCAUCCUUGCCAAGAUCUCACCGGCUAUGAUCGUGCGUGGCCAGAACCCUGGUCGUUUCCUCAACCACGAUAAGUCGUCCAAACGGGACUCGGGAGCAUCGCCCAAUGGUGCAGGCGGCUCAUUCUUCAACGGCCACUUUAGUAUCCAAGGAAGUGGUGGCAGCAGCAGCAGUGGAGGCAGCAGUGGCGGUAGCAGCAGUGGACGUAGCUCUGCCCAGUUUUUUGGCAGUGGAGGAGGUCACCAUCACUCGCUCGGCUAUGACCCAAACCAACAACAAUCAGGCAAUCCAACUAUUGUGGUUGAGAGUGUUGGCGUCGGCCAAGCUGGUGGACCACCAAACAUCCGUCUAUCGACCUCAUCGAUGGUGUCGUCCACGUCUUCGUCUGGCAGCGAGUCAGACAGCAACAGCAACACCAACCCUCAAUACGCCGUCCAGCAGCAGCAGCAGCAGCAACAACAACAAUAUUCACAGGGAAUGAUGAACCCAUUCAAUCAUAAUGGCUCAAUGCUUCCCAACAACUCUGUUGCACAACCAACUACCGUGCCAACACAAUCACCUGUGCUAGUCGCCUCGGCCAUCCAACAACAACAACAACAAGAUGUAAAUACCAACGCCAUCCCCUUCCAACACCUCCAACAGCAACAACUUUUUCUCAAACAACAACAACUCCCAAUCACAGUUGGCCAGGCACAGGUGCAGUUUCAGCAACAACCCCCUCUCCAGCAGCAGCAACAACAACAGCAGUUCGUCCCAAUGGAGGAGCCCUACACAAUCAAGACUGAACCAUGGUCCAAGCAUCCACAUGCCGACGAUGUCGUGUUCACCAACGCCAAGGUGGGUAUCAAUACAACCAAUCCUACCCAAGCCUUGUCAGUCAAUGGCAACAUCCUGGUCACAGGUGACCUGUUCAAGCCGUCCGACCGCAGGAUCAAGACCAACAUCCAGCGCGACACUUCCAACCACUGGGCCAACAUUGACAAGCUGAAGCUCUACGAGUACGACCGCAAGAAGAUGGUCGGCUACGAUGCGCCCAACCAUGGCGCCGGCAAGCUGCCCGCUGGCACCACAGUGCGCGAGACUGGUUUCAUGGCUCAAGAGUUGAAGGAGGUGAUACCAAACGCAGUCACAGUGGCAGGCGAGGUCCGUCUCCAAGACGGCACAGUCAUCCCCAACCUCCUCGUCGUCAACGACAGAAUUCUCCUCCUGGAGAACAUUGGUGCCACUCAACAGAUUGGACGUACACUUCAGCGCGAGCAAGACCACAUUGUCGAGAUGGACAAGGAGAUCAACAAGGUUAAGAUUGAUGGCAAACGAGAUCAACAUGUAAUCUUGAACAAAAUGCAGGAUCUGGUGUCAUUCAUGUUGUCUGAGGAGGGCAAGCACAAGAGCCAUGACGAUUCAUGUGUUUAUUGCAGUCUGAUGGGCCUUGGCCCAGCAUGGACCAUGUUUGUCUUUGGCUUCUUCGUCCCCUUCUUCUGGCUAUUUGGUUCAUUCUUCUUGUUCUCACCAAGUCGUGUCAAGUGGAUCAGUGGCCUGGUCAACUUCAUAACCACAAUCAUCUAUGUGAUUGUCGCUGUCCUCCUGACAUUGAUGGCUCCCGAUCUAGCCUUUGCAAUCAUUUUACCAUCGUUCUGCGGCAUGGGCAUCCUGUGCUGCAUCGUCGUCGGCUUCUUCCGUCAACGCACAUGGGAGUCAAAGAGCAAGUACUACCGCGAGCGUAUGCGCCUCAUGCAGAAGGACGGCUACGAGAACUUGAACGAGCAGAUCGACAAGAUCAGACGCCACUCCUCCGCUUCGAUGAACAGCGCUGGCGGCAGUACCAGCAGCAGCAGCAGAUCAUCACAGUCUAUCGACAUGACACCCAUCUCGGAGAUGCACACCAGCUGCUCGCAGGACAUUGAGGAGGAGUUGUUGUCCACCACGUCAGCUUCGGCAACGGCCGCUGGCGCCAAGUUCCAACCCGAGGUCGACACCUUCCGUGAGAUCUCAAUGAACAAUCACAAGACACUACAGGAGAUACCACUUCAGAAGAUUGUAUCCAACUAUGGCAAGCGACAGAAGCCCAAGACCAAGCAGACCUACACCACCACUACGUCUACCACAACCACAACAACUACUUCCGAGGAAGCUGUGUAA